UUUACACUCGGCCUUGCCUUAGCACAACGACAACGGUAACAUCCCGAAGCUAUCUUGCAUGGCUACUGUCAAGAAAAAAUCCAAACGCACGAAAUUCCGCAAGCGCCGAUCCACCGUCUACGAUGCCGUCAAACGCAGAGUCGCCCGAACCGGCCUAAUCCACCACAUCACUGAUCCCAAGGCAUCCAGGAAACCACUGCGCCCAGAUGAAGUCCUCUUCAAGCGGAAGAAUGCGCCCAUACGAUAUGAGGAAGAUGACUACUAUCCCGCUCACAACAAGUUACCUCCAGACCAAAAACUUCCCAGUGGAGAUCUCGCUACCGCAAUGAAAGCUUACAUUGAGAGACUGUGGGUCAAGACUGGACGACGAUGCCGCUUCUCGCGCAAGCUGAUGCGAAGGACGUGGAGAGGUCUGAACGAAACAGCGCUCAUUGCGCUGUGUAUCUUGGUGGAAGAGGCAGCACGCGAUGCAUUGGGCGAGACGGGUGAUUUGGCUUUCACCGAAGCAGCUGAGGAACAUGAACAUGAAAUUCUCACUAGUCUGAAGAAGGCGAAGAAGGGUGGUGCGCAGAAGCAGUGGAAUGGUAAAGAGAAGGAGCAGUCAAGUGUUGAUAAAGAGACGCAGCCUGUGGAAAAGAAGACAGAGAAACACGUGACGUGGAGUUCAUCCGACGGGUCGUCGUCGUCCUUCGAUGAUUCUGAAGAGGAGGAAGACUCGGAGGAAGAUCUGGAUUGAGCAUCGCGAUACGUGGGAGGGCAAUGUCUCAAGGCGGGGAAAUCGUUCAAGCCAACCUAGAGUCGGAAGAUUUAACGAGGAGGACUUGAUGAGCCACAGAUGGUGCCAUGCGUAUACCACCACCUUGUAGGUCCGUUCG